AUGGGCAAAGGAGAGAAAUUAGAUUACCAGAAUAUCUUCCAUUGGGCGGAGACUCAAAAGAAUGGCGAUAUCCCUUCCUUCGCAGUUCGAAAAAAUGACCCGUACAAGUACCAAGCUGGAUUCAAUAACCACUUCGAGUCGGAAGCGAUCCCUGGAACCAUUCCCCAUGGACAGAAUUCUCCGCGUACUGUCCGAUGGGGCCUUUAUGCCGAGCAGAUGACCGCCAGUGCAUUCGUUGCCCCCCGGCAUUUGAACAAAAAGUCUUGGUUAUACCGCGUCAAACCAGCCAUUGCACACGACGGAUUCAGCGAUCUCCCAGACAAUCCAGACACGGAAUCCUGCUUCCUUCCAAUUAACCCCAAAGUGCACGUUUGUGCUACCCAGCUAGCCUGGCUUCCCCUCGAUAUCCCUAAAGACGGCAAAGUCGAUUUCAUUGACGGCCUGAAAACACUUGCCGGCAGCGGAGAACCUACCCUCCGAGAGGGUAUUGCGAUCCAUAUGUAUAUGUCUAACGCCUCGAUGGCCAACAGAGCAUUUGUCAACUCUGACGGCGAUUUUCUAAUCUGCCCACAGCAAGGUUCUUUAGACAUUACAACUGAGUUUGGAAAACUAUUUGUACAGCCUGGCGAGAUAUGUAUUGUCCAAAGAGGCCAGAAAUUUUCCGUGGACUUGCCCGACGGACCAUCCAGAGGUUAUGUCCAGGAAAUCUGGGGGGCCAACUAUGAGCUCCCAGAACUGGGACCAUUAGGAGCCAACGGUCUGGCUAAUCCGCGCGAUUUCUUACAUCCCGUAGCCAACUUUGUUGUCAAAGACGAACCGUGGAAGGUAGUUUACAAGCUUGGUGGGAAAUUCUUCGAGUGUGCACAGGACCAUAACCCGUACAAUGUCGUGGCGUGGCAUGGAAAUUAUGUUCCGUACAAAUACGACCUGACCAAGUUCGUCAAUGUCGGCAGUAUUUCGGUUGAUCACAUUGAUCCCUCGAUAUUUUGUGUCCUCACGGCUAGGUCGCGUGACCCAGCGGCGCCACUUGCGGAUUUCCUUAUCUUUUCGCCUAGAUGGGAUGUUGCCUCGCACACAUACCGUCCACCAUAUUUCCAUCGCAACGUCGCCUCUGAAUUCAUGGGUUUGUUGUAUGGUGAAUAUGGUGGGAGGUCCGAUGCAUUCCAGCCCGGUGGAUGCUCUUUUGAAUGUGGAAUGGUCCCACAUGGUGUUGCAUAUGAAGAAUACCAUGCUGCGUCGUCGCAACCGCCACCAGAGAUCCAAAUUUCGCCCGGAUCCAUUGCCUUCAUGUUUGAGUCCUCCCGAGCGUUUACUAUCACAGACUUUGCCUGGAAGAGUGACAAGCUCCAUAAGCAUGAUCCCACAAUGUGGAAAUUUGAGGAUAACUUGAGCAAGCAUAAAGCAGAGAUCGAGAAGAUUCUGCAGGCGAACAGGGAAACCGAAAGUGCAAACGGUGUCAACGGACACUAG